GAGCUGGUACCAGUGGCCACUGGCCAACCAACGUGCAUGCGUACUUGUCUCUCCAUUGUGAAGCGUGAACUCAUCAAAUCCUUUCUGGGAACGUCUGCAUUUGCAUUAUAAUACGACCUUCCUUGUUUCAAAUGUGGAUUUACUCUUGCAGUUUGUUGUCGUUUGAAAUAUCAGCGCGUGUCAUAAGCUACCCAGAAGGGAAGGCUACAUUUUAUGCCAAGUGAAUCGCAUUCUGCGCGGUGUAUUUUUUUGUCAGGUCUAAAAUAUCCGAUCUCAAGCGGAUAACUUUCAUCAACACACGAGUUGAGUUUAGGAGCACAUUAAUGCGUACAGUACACGGACCUACUUGCCAUAAGGACAUCUGUCAGAAUCCGAAUAAUGUUUUUGCAGUGAUUGUUUUGGUAUCAUUUACCACACUUCCACUGUUGCCAGUCUAUCUAGCACGAGAGUAGCCAAAGUAACGCUUUUUAAAAACGAUUUAAUGAGUCCAGUUGUUUAGAGAAUUCUAGAAAAAUAUGGGAAGCACAGCAAAUGACUCCAAGAAGAGAGACGCGAAGACACCUAGAAAGAAGAGGACGCUUCGAUUGAACAUGCCCGACCUCGGCUCGUUUGCCAUGCCCUUCUUGGAGGGAGAUGCCGACCAUGUGGAUAAGGCCGACAUACAGAAGGAUGAUGGGAGUUGCCACUCAGCCAGCCCGACCAAAGGCUUCUUCACGCGGGGGCCCUUCAGUCGGCCCUCCAGUCCCAAGUCGGCCCCUGCUAGGACCAAGAACAGCCCAGGCUCCCCCAAAACCAUCUUUCCCUACCCUUCGUCCCACCAGGACUCCCCACCCAAGUCGCCUCGUCGCCUGAGCUUCAGCGGCAUCUUCCGCUCCUCCUCCAGAGACUCUAACUCCACCUCUCCCAUCAGCAUCAAGCUCUUCUCCAGGGCCAGGAAAGCCUCCGGGAUCUCCUCGCCCCCCUCAACUCCUCCGACUCAGGCCGCCAAGCAGCCGCCGGCGUUCCCGCUUGAGGCCUAUCGGAGCGAGCCGGAGAGGCUGGAGGCACGGAUGCGCUCCUACUCAUCCCCGCCAGACACCGGGCAGCGCUUCAGUCUACGCUGCUCCAAACCACCCAUGACUCCCUCCGCCCCCAUCGCUAACUCACGAUCACGACCAGUCCACGGUUUAGCUGAAGGCAUGCUGGAGAAACUUGAUCUAGAAGAUGAAGCUUUUGAAGAAUCCGAAAGUGAUAUCUACAUGCGCUUUAUGAAGUCACACAAGUGCUACGACAUUGUUCCUACCAGCUCUAAGCUCGUGGUUUUUGACACUACUCUGCAGGUAAAAAAGGCCUUCUUCGCCUUGGUUGCCAACGGGGUGCGGGCAGCCCCACUAUGGGAGACAAAGAAGCAGAGCUUUGUCGGAAUGUUAACCAUCACAGACUUCAUCAACAUCCUCCACAGAUACUACAAGUCUCCCAUGGUACAAAUCUACGAGCUGGAGGAACAUCAGAUUGAAACAUGGAGAGAGCUCUACCUACAAGAAACCUUUAAGCCAUUAGUGAACAUAUCACCUGAUGCAAGCAUAUUCGACGCGGUGUACUCGCUCAUCAAGAACAAGAUCCACCGGCUGCCCGUCAUCGACCCAGUCAGCGGCAACGCGCUUUAUAUCCUCACGCACAAGAGGAUCCUCAAGUUCCUCCAGCUCUUCGUGUGCGAGAUGCCCAAGCCUGCCUUUAUGAAGCAGACUUUGGAGGAACUAACCAUCGGGACCUACCACAACAUCGCCUUCAUCCACCCCAACACACCCAUCAUCAAGGCCCUCAACAUCUUUGUGGACCGGAGGGUGUCCGCACUGCCAGUGGUGGACGAGUCAGGAAAGGUAGUGGAUAUCUAUUCCAAGUUUGAUGUCAUUAACCUUGCUGCUGAGAAGACCUACAACAACCUGGACAUCACGGUGACCCAGGCUCUGAGGCAUCGCUCACAGUACUUUGAGGGCGUCAUGAAGUGCAACCGGCUCGAGACACUGGAGACCAUCGUGGACAGGAUAGUCAAAGCAGAGGUCCACAGGCUGGUUGUGGUGGAUGAGAAUGCCCGGAUCGUGGGCAUUGUGUCCCUGUCGGACAUCCUGCAGGCCCUGGUCCUCGCCCCUGCAGGUAUCUACAGGAAGAACAGCCAACCACAACCAGAAGUAGAAGCAGAGGCACCACCAGCAACAUUAGUAGAGGCAGAACCAGAGGUAGAGGUAGCAGCAGAUACAGAACUACAGGAAGAGGCCGAAGCAGAGGCACCACUAGAGAUGUUAGUAGAGGCAGAACCAGAGGUAGAGGUAACAGCAGAUACAGAACCACAGGAAGAGGCCGAAGCAGAGGCACCACUAGAGAUGUUAGUAGAGGCAGAACCAGAGGUAGAGGUAACAGCAGAUACAGAACUACAGGAAGAGGCCGAAGCAGAGGCACCACUAGAGAUGUUAGUAGAGGCAGAACCAGAGGUAGCAGCAGAUACAGAACUACAGGAAGAGGCCGAAGCAGAGGCACCACUAGAGAUGUUAGUAGAGGCAGAACCAGAGACUGAGGAACCACCAGAAACAUUGGUAGAGACCGAGGUAGUGGUGGCUGAACCAGCAACUGAGGUAGAAGCUCUAGUGGAAGCUGAGGUAGAGGUGGUGGUGGAAGAUGAAGCAGAGGUGGAAGGUAAGACUGAGACUGAGGUGGUGGUGGAAGUAGAAAUCAAGACUGAGGUAGUGGAGGUUAAGGGUGAAACUGAGGCAGAGAUGGAGGCUGAGGUGGAGGUUAAGGCUGAAACCAAGGCAGAGGAAGUAGAGGUUAAGUCUGAAGCUGGGGUGGUGAUGGUAGAGUUGGUGGGGGUUAAGGCUGAAACCGAGGCUGAGGUGGGGAUGACAGAGAAUGAAGCAGAGGUGGUGGUGGAGAUUAAGGCUGAAACCGAGACAGAGGCUGAGGUGGGGAAUGCUGAGGCCGUGGCAGAGUCUGAGGCAGUAGUGAAGGUAGAGACUGAAGCUGGACCCAAGGAUGCUGAGGAAGGAGAGGCAGAGUGACAUCCAUGGCCGUCGCUACAAGCCGUACGUGACUGACCUGCCAUGACGCUGCUGUGAGAGGAAGUUGACUCAGGAAGAGGAGCGAGCUGAGAAAGAGGCUGGAUCUAAUUGUUGGGAUGGAUGGUUUAGUAGAAGUGUGACACUCCGGCUUACCAGGGCCCUAAUGGGUAAUUUUCUGUGAUUGUGGAGAUGGUCACAUGGGUGACUUUCUCAGGCUGACCAACCAGGGAUCACUUUACUAUAACUGGGUUGUGCCUCCCUUUUCUCCAGAUUGUGCACUAUAACAUCCCCGUCCUUUUACCUCUGGAUCUUCCAGCAUCACCUGUCCUGUGGGUCCAAUUCAGAAACAACCCGUAGUCCCUAUCCUCUAGGCACUUGUGUAGACUUGAAAGGAGUGGAUGGGUGUGAGCAAUGUGGCUAAUAUUCCACCUAGCCUAUCAGAGAGAAAGGCGGAGCUACCACCAUGUUGUCCUGUCUACACCAAGUGUCUACCUAGAGCAGUGGUUCUCAAACUUUUCUGAACCGGGGCGUACCUUGAGGUGAGACAAAUUCUGUGGCUCACCUAAAAUGUCCCUAUUAAUCGAUUUUAGUGGAAAUGACCCCCAUUUCACCCAAACUGCUAUUUUCUGUGACAAAUGCUUUUCUUAUAGAUAAAUAGGGUUCAUUUGUGUGUAUCCAAGAGUGCCUCGUGACUCCGUGCUAGAAAUUUACAAAAAUGUAGCUCUUUGGAAAUAGGUCAUUAGUUUUGAGGCGUUUUGGUUAGAGAUUUGAUUUUUUCUGCAUUGUAAAGAUGUAACCACCGAUAAAGCUAUGCUGCCCAUAUGUUUCUAUGGCAGAGGCUGUGGAACAGCUAAGCUUAAUCAGACUUGGCUGUGGAACAGCUAAGCUUAAUCAGACUUGCCUGUGCUAGUGGUUCUCAGUCACAGGCAAAGUUUUUUUUAAAUGAUUCAAAUGACUUUGCUUGCGAUGCGCAACCCUCAGAUGAUACAAAUGUUACAGCCUGAGUGCACCGGACUUGAAAUGUUUGAGUGUUAAUUUUUUAUUUUUUUUAAAUAAUAAGAUUAGGGAAAAGUUUCAAGUUCCUCAAGGCACACCGGUUGAAAACCACUGGCAUAGAAGUUAGGGGCUAAGGAUUGUUUCUGGACAGGAUCAUGGUCUCAACCAUGAGCACACAAAUGGUUUGAAUAUCAGUCUUUUAAGCUUAUUUUUUGUUCCAGUGUACUUCUACAUCUUUAUCAUGAUUCUGUCUGCUCUCCUCCUUCAGGGAGUGUUGUUUUUAGCUUUAUUUGCACAAGGUUUUGUGAACGUAACAGAGGCUCUCUGAAAACUAUACCAAUCCCCCCCCUGCUAGUUAUGAUGUCCCUUUGACAACGGGCUGUGCUCGCUGUCCUGUCUUUAACGUCAUUGGUGCCUUUCGCCCCCACAAGUAGUCACACGUCAUUGGCUGAGAGAGAGCUGGAGAAUGUUCAAAAACGUGUUAAAACUGAAUGUGAGCGUUUCCAAAACCAAAAACAUGAUAUAUCACACCUUGUGUUUAUUUUGUUGAUGUUGAGAUCAUUUUCUAGAAUCAAAGUUUGUCUGUUAUAUUCCUGAAAUGUUAAUUUUGAAAUGAUGCUGUAAAGAUAGAUUCAAAGUUGUAUUUAUUAAAUCGUAUUUUCUCUGUGCUUAACUAUUUUAGAGGGUGGAAGAGAAUGAAAGUGAGGUGACGGUAUGCUGACUUUGACUUUGUUGUUCAAUGCUUUUCAAGGAGCAGCAGCUGCCUAUAUCCAACAUUUCUCUUUACUUCUCCAGUUACUUGGAGGCAUGCAAGAUAUCUUUUUUUUCUGUGUAUACAAUGCUGUAAAAUAAUGUUCUUCGUCAUUUAGAUUUUCUUUCCCUUGUGGAUUAGGUUGUGGUGUAUUGUUGAUGGUCUCGAUAAGGGGAUUAUCCAUUGAAAAUGGAUAGAACUGGUUGAGUACGACAGUAUAAUGGUAAUACAUAUUGUACUUUUCAGUUUUAUUUUUUACUUUGCUGUUUGAAAAAGUAAUAAAACGUACCGUUGAAUCUUUU